AGGACGAAUGUGUACAAGUCGAAAUUCUCUUGGAAGUUCCCUUGAUCUCGGUGCUCAGUUUAUUUCUCGAAGUUCUAUUUUAACAUCCUUCCAGGAAAGAUGUUAUGAAGAACUUUUAGAAGUUGGCAUUUUAAAGCCUCUGCCACAAGUUAUUGAAGGAUUAAAAUCAACUUCUGCAGUUACUGAACAUUAUAUCUGUCCAAAAGGAUCAGGAUCUAUCAUAAAGCAUUUCUUAAAACCAAUAGAUGGAGAAAUUUUAUUUGGACAUAAAGUUAUCAAAGUAUUUUCUUCUAAUAACAAGUGGAGAGUGAUUUGUGAUAAUAAUUCAACCCAAGAAUUUGAUGCUGUUAUAUUUACUAUACCUGUGCCUCAAAUUUUGCAAAUUGAAGGGUUAACAUCAUAUAUUUCAAAUGAUGAACUUGAGAAGCUGAAAAUGGUUCAAUAUUCCUCUCGAUUUGCCGUUGGUUUAUUUUAUGACAAGAGUGACUCAUUUUUUCAGAAUCUUCCGUGGAUUGCAAAAUUUAUAUCAGAUAACCCUGUUCUUCGCUUCUGUUCAUUUGAUAAUCAAAAAAGAGGAGAUGAUCAUAGUACACCUACUGUAGUGUUUCACAGCACAAAAGAGUUCGGAAAGAAAAAUAUAGACAAUGAUCUUCAUACAGUUCAAAAGCUAUUUUUUGAAAAAAUAGAGGAAUUGCUUCCUAAUAUUCCAAAAGCAAAUGACGUGAAGUUUCAUAAAUGGCGAUAUUCUCAGGUAGAGAAUGCUUAUCCUGGAGCAACAGGCAGCUUGGUUAUUUCUAACCAACCUCUCCUGAUUGCUGGAGGAGAUGGAUUCUCAUACUCUACAUUUGAAGGUUGCAUUAUGUCAGCUGAGGAAAUUGUACAACGUGUGACAACUCAUCUCAAAUGAGUACUGUGGAUAUUUUAUAUUAAAAAUAAAAUCUCAAUAAAUAUUUUUAAAAUCUU